GCUUCUCGUCGUAGAGCCCCUAAGGGAUUUUGGAUUGGAGUGGACAGCUUCUCCCUCAUAUUGGGGUCCGUUUCUUCCACCUGCAUCACUGCACGGCAUGGAUCCAGAGAUGAGCGAUCAGGAGGUGACUUAUUCAGCUUUGAAGUUUCCUCAGUCUUCUUCAGAGUCGCAGAAUAGACUAAGACCUGAUGGCACUCGAAGGAGUGGAAAAACUGAUGAGAAAGAGUUCUCAGUGCCCAGGCAUCUCAUUGCAGUGAUUCUUGGAACCCUCUGUUUACUUCUCUCAGUGGCAGUCGUAGUGUUGGUGACAAAGAUUUUACAGCUUAUUCAAGAAAAGCAUCAACAGCAGGAAAUUCUAGGAAACCUCACACAAAUGUACCACGUCGUGCAAAAUGAUGACUGCUUAAAGAAGCAGCUCUUGGCAAAUAAGUCUUUAGAAUAUGACGCUCUCAAAAAUAAAACCCUUCUAAUGGAAAAUGCACUGAAGUCACCCUUUUUAAAACAGAAUCGAUGCAAUGCAAAAAAAGAUACCUUCCAGAAAUCUCUGCACAAUCCAGGUAAAGUCCAUGAAGACUACUGGUCCUGUUAUGGAGUACACUGCUAUUAUUUUGUUCUGCAAAAUAAAAGCUGGACAGAAUGUGAACAAACUUGCCAAAGUUAUGGUUCCUCCCUUUUGAAGAUUGACGAUGAACAUGAACUGGCAUUUGUUCAAUUUCAUAUUCAUGAAAAUAUUUAUUGGAUUGGAUUGUCAUUUAAUGAAGUGGAAUGGAAAUGGAAAUGGAUUGAUGAUGGCACAUCACCUGGAAUGAACUUUAGAAUGAUGAGUUUGCCUUCUGGGAGAGGAAAAUGUGCAUUUUUGACCUCAACAAGAAUAGAAUAUGACGAUUGCUCUAAAACCUACAGUUGUAUCUGUAAAAAGAGAAUUAAUUGUAAUUUCUCUACUACAAUAUGCACUUAGAAGAAUAGGUAACAUUGGAAAUGCUGCCCUGCUUUUGUGUCCUGUGAUAAUUUGGGGUUACUGCUGACACCUGUUUCUGACUGCAGGGCUCAGUGCAGUGUGGACACAGGAGCUGGAAGAGGAAGCAAAUCUUCUCCUGAGCCCUGAUUAGGAGGCCAGACGCCAUCUUCUUCCUGUGGGGAGUGGAAGCUUUGUCUUGGGGAGCAGUUGCUCCUCCAUGUGGUUCUGAGGGAUCAUUCUUCCCUCUUCCCUGAACCACCCGGGACCUGUUAGAGCAUCUUAAUGCGGCCUGGAUCUUUCCUUACCAAUAGGAUAAAACAUGUCAAUGUUAUCAGA